AACACUGUACAUCCGCAUUUCGCACCAGCAGAGACAACUAGUCGUAGAGUGGUCAUAAAAUAGGCAAUUUGUAAAAAGAUAAGAUUAUAGAGCUAAAGUGUCAUUGAACGCAGCAUGAAGCCGCAGCUGACUGAAGCCCGGAACCGUCCCUCUGUGACAAAACCCGCCGAAGAUGAGGCUGCGCUUUGUUUACAGGAAGAGCUGGUUGCAGCGAUAUACGGAGCAUUUGAAGUGGCUGUGCAGAUAGCAGUCAGAGACGUGAGGAAACUGCUGGGUCACACACGAGGAGACGUUUAUGAAGAGAUGAGACGAGAGAACGAGUCUCUGAGACAAAGACUACAGAGAGCUGAAGCUCGCCUCGAGGACCGAGGAGAAAGUCCACCUCUGUCAAAGCAACCGCUCAAUGCUGCGAGGCAUUCGGAUCAACACAGCCAAACAAACCUGUAUAGUAGUAGAAUCGAAGGUGACGCACUGCAGCCUGCUGGCGCGCAAGAUGAACAUGAGAGCGGAGAUGAAGUGCGGUCAUCUGCUGGUGAUGCUGAGACACAAAUUGAUUCUCCUUCAGAGGAACCAAGGCAUGCAAGUAUCAAAGAGGUCACUGGAGUCCCCACUGUUCAUGUGAUGAAGGCAGAAAACAUUAAGCCACCAUGUCAGGACUCGUCAGCUCAAGACAACCACAUGCCCUCACUGCUCAGCAAUGAUGCCGAGUUUAGAUCAGAGCAGGUUAAAAUAAAGCAGGAGAAGCCUGAAGAGGACGAGCAAGAUGGUUCAUCAUGUUGUUUAGACUCUGUCAAAGUGGAGGAUUUCAGUCUGGAGUCUGUGUUGGAGAUACAAUCCAACAUGUUGGAAGAGUGGGAGCUUGAAUUGCCAGAGCAACACACCCGGCUUCCCUGCACCAGGCUGACUCAGGCUCAUUCUCCAAAUAUGAUUACAGGCCUCCCACCACCCACAGAUCUGCCACCCCUAUCCUCUGAGUUCCCCGUCAUCCCGCUGCCAGAACCAGCUCCCCUCUCAGAAGCCCAUCCAGAGAUUUAUGGAGUCCACAUGAGGACCAGCCAAAACCACGGCCACACCAUAGCCAAUUUCUACACCUGCAAGUUCUGUGGUCAGCUCUUCCGCUUGCCCAGCCUGCUGCGGCGGCACCUUGGCCAGUGCCCGCAGAAGCUCCAGCAGCAUUUUCAGCCUCCUGCAACAGGAAGCAAACGAAGCAGACUGCAGAUUUACCCUCCAGGCUGCAGCCCCUUCCACUGCACGGUGUGCAACCGAGAGUUCAACCGCAUGGAGAACCUCAAAACCCACCUUCGCAUACACACAGGAGAGAGACCGUACACCUGUUCGGUGUGCUCCAAGUGUUUCCGUCACUCUGGUGCCUUAACCAGACACUUUCGUAUCCACACCGGAGAGAAACCUUAUGUCUGUGAACAGUGUGGAAAGUCAUUCAGAAACUGUGGGGGGCUUAAAUUCCACCAGCGCUCACACAGCAAACAGCUACAGUGAAGUGGAAAGCACAUGGGAUAUAAUCUGCUGAUUUUUCCUCAUUAUUCAUUAUAUUUUCUUUAUUAUUUAUGCUUUAAGGUCUUUUUUUUACAGCACUAUACAGAUGACAAGUCCUGAAACUCUUAAUUCUCUGGACAGGCAUGACACUUUAUUUACAACUAGUAGUCCAUAAGGUAGUCUUGAGUCACACCAACUGAUAGGCUAUCAUUCCACAACAGGCAUUCUCCUACUGCAUCAUAUGUCUGCCAUUUUUUUCCCUUUGAGACAACAGGAAUCAUUUUUAAAGGCUCUUACAGUGAAAGCAAAAGUGCAUCAUAUAUGGUGGUCUUUGUCAAACCAUCUAUUAGGUUAAUGAUGCAAAUUCAGUCAAUUUCAUCACUUAAUCAGUAACUGCAACCUGUACAUGUUAUUCAUGUCUAUCUUGUUUUGCUAUGAUUUGUUUCAUUUAUCCAAAUGUGCGUCUUAAUUUGACAUUGUGGAAAAUGUAAUGGAAAUUUCUCAGAAAGUGAACUAAUCGUGUGUUUUUGUUGUUCUCCACCUCUGUAGAUGUGACAGUGGGAGCCUGCAGGCAGCAAUCUAAUUGCGAAAUUUGAUUAAGUAAGAUUUAUAACAGGAAAAUGUAUGUGCAAUUAUAAAAAAGUCAGACACUGGAAGAAGCCCUUGUAGAAUCCCAGCCCAGGCAGUGUUGAC